UCAUUGCUUGGCCUGCUGAGAAAAAUCCCUGAGAGAGAGAGAAUGGCAGCAACAGGGGGAUUUGUGGAAGCAGACAAUGCGGAGGCCAUAAUCACCAGAAUCGAGCACAAGUCUCGAAAGAUCGAGAGCCUACUCAAACAGUUGAAGCCAGUUGAAGCUCUGAAAACUGCCCUCGAAGGCUCGCCUCCAAUGACCCGAGACGAACGUUGCAAGUCGGCGAAUUGGAUAGUGGUGCAUAGAGCUCUAAUGGCUAUAAAGGAUGUGGAUGGAAUGCUUUCUUCUUUGGAUCCUGAGUACCAUGAUAUCCUCAUGAAGUACUUGUAUAGAGGGUUGUCCACUGGAGAUCGUCCCACAUGUGAUCAGUGCCUUCGGAUCCAUGAAAAGCUGACAGAAAAAGCUGGUUUGGGAUGCAUACUACGUUCCCUUGCUGACACAGUGAAUACGGUUUAAUUUCUCCACACCUUCCAUCAAAAACGACAACAUCUUGAAGAACUUGUUUAUUAUUAUUUGUUGUUAUCCUCUCACACAUAUAUGUCAAAACUGCAGCUCAUAAUGCUCUGUGUCGUUACUUGUAAGAACAUAAAUUUAUGUGUAGAAUAAUUCUUCUAUCUUUGUGACACAUCAAUUUUUCGUUUGUUUUAUUUUAUGAUGUGUCCUUGCCUUUUCCA